CGCGGCAGCGAGCCCUGCGCGGCCGAAAGGGAAGCCUUAGUUACGUGGAUCCGCGGCAGAGGAAGGGCCGCGACAGAACCUGUGCGCGUUCACACCGUCUGGGCCAGCGCAUCAUCGUGUGCACAUGCGUAGAAGGAAGACCAGGAUUGGUGUGUGGAACGGUCCCAAUGUCUUGUCGCAACCAAUCCGGGCGCGCCGGGGGUAGGGCUUAACACUCUGACAAUCUGCGCGCGCAUUCCUUUCGGCGCGCUUUUCUUCCAGCCAUGGAGUGCGAGCUGGUACGGCGCCUAGCCCCGCGCCUCGGCCUUGCGGAGCCGAGUGUACUGAGGAAAGCAGAGGAGUACUUGCGUCUGUCUAAGGUGAAGUGUGUCGGUCUGUCUGCACAUAGCUCAGAAACCAGCAAUGCCAUCAUAUGCCUGGACCUUGCAGCUUCCUGUAGGAAGUGCCCCUUGGAUCGAGCGUAUUUAAUUAAGCUCUCCGGUUUGAACAAGAAGAUGUAUCAGAGCUGCCUUAAAUCUUUCGAGUGUUUACUAGGAUUAAAUUCAAAUAUUGGAAUAAGAGACCUAGCUGUCCAGUUCAGCUGUACAGAAGCAGUGAACUUGGCUGCAGAGAUACUGCAAAGCUACGAGUCUGGUCUUCCUGAAACACAGCGAGCAGAUCUUGACUUGUCCAGGCCGCUUUUCACCACUGCAGCACUACUGUCGGCAUGCAGAAUUCUAAAGAUAAAGGUGGAUAAAACCAAAAUGAUAACUACAUCCGGUGUGAAAAAAGCAAUAUUUGAUCGACUGUGUAAGCAGUUAGAAAAGAUUGGGCAGCAGAUUAACAGAGACUCUGCAGAUUUAGCCAGUCCCGCACUGAAGAAAAAGAAGCAAGGGCUUGAACCACCAGCAAAAGAAAUGGAAAUAAUAGAAACCCCACAUAAACUACCGAAAGAUGAAGAUCUGACACAGGAUUAUGAGGAAUGGAAAAGGAAGAUUUUGGAAAAUGCUGCCAAAGCUCAAACAGCCACAGUGGAGUGAUUUCCAUUUCACUGUAGUCCUGUGCUUCUGUCUGGGAAAUGAAGGGUGUGGAGAUCUCUCCGCCAUAUACCAGGUGUGCUGAGAGUGUCUCAAUAUGGAGGAUGCUAGCACUAGGCACCUCACAUGGACAUUAGACCAACCACAUUGCCUCUGUAGGCUCAGAUCUGUCCUCUCCUAUGGGGUGAAAUUGGGACCAUUUUGCUUCUAGGUGUUAAGUUUAAGGAAGUUUCCUGACUAAACCUAGAAUGCAAAUUUCAAGCUGAAAGUCGUUUCAGAUUCAGACAUUUUAUUUGUUUUUGUGGUUUUUUAAAUUUUAUUUCACUAAAUCAGUGUUAUAUAGCCUAAGUUAAUAAAUAUUUAUUUUUUAAAGUUUUUUUUAAUGUGUAUGAGUAUUUUGCCUGCAUGUAUGUUUGUGCACCAUAUUUAUGUCUGGUGCAGUGAAAGCCUGAAGAGGAUGCCAGAUCCCUAAGUCUAGAGUUACAGACAGUGAGAGCUGCCAUGUGAGUGCUGGGACUUAAACCCUAGUCCUCUCGAAGAGCAGGCAGUACUCUUAACCACUGAACCAUCUCUCAAGCCCAAUAAAUGUUAUUUUUAUAUGCAUUUGAGUA